AUGGCUGGCUCGCAAAGAUAUCUGCGAUACAUCCUCAUCGCCGUCAUCACCAUAGUCGUCAUCCUCUUCAUAUCCGCAUCAUCUGGAGUAGGCCCAGGCGGCCAAUACACACAAAAAGCCACGGAUCUGCUCAAAGAUCCCGGAAGCAUAUACAAAGGCUCUCAAGACCACACAGUGCUCGUGAAAGGCAGCGACUCGGAGCCUGUUGUAAGCGAAGAUGCCAAAUUACCCCAACAUACCGAGGGUUCGCACCUGCCCACGCAAUCCAGCUCGCCUAAUCCACAAUCCUCGAGUCUCGGCUCAGGCCAGAAUGUGCUCCCUUCCAAAGCACCCGGAGCCCGCAUGAACGCAACUUUUGUCACCCUAGCCCGCAACAGCGACGUCUGGGAAAUCUCCCGCUCGAUCAGGCAGGUGGAGGACCGCUUCAACCACGCCUACAAUUACGAUUGGGUCUUCCUCAACGAUGCCGAAUUCGACGAUACCUUCAAGAAAGUCACCACCUCUCUCACCUCCGGCCGCGCCCGCUACGGCAAGAUCGCCAGCGAACACUGGGGUUUCCCCGAUUUUAUCGACCAGGAGAAAGCGAAGAAAGUGCGGGAAGACAUGCAUGAGCGCAAGAUCAUCUACGGUGAUAGCGUCUCAUACAGACACAUGUGCCGCUACGAAUCCGGCUUCUUCUUCCGCCACGAAUUGAUGCAAGAAUACGAAUGGUACUGGCGCGUAGAGCCCUCCAUCGAACUCUUCUGUGACAUCGCCUACGACCCCUUCGUCUUCAUGGCGGAUAAGAAGAAGAAGUACUCCUUCGUGCUAUCCCUCUACGAGUACGUCGAAACCAUCCCCACCCUCUGGGACAGCGUCAAGGGCUUCAUGGCCAAACACCCGGAACACAUCGUCUCAGACAACAGCAUGGGUUUCCUAUCCGACGACGGCGGGAUCUCCUACAACCACUGCCAUUUCUGGUCCAACUUUGAAAUCGGCAACCUGAAUUGGUUGCGCAGUCAGGCGUAUAUCGAUUACUUCGACCAUUUGGACCGGGACGGCGGGUUCUUUUACGAACGGUGGGGCGAUGCUCCCGUGCAUUCGAUCGCGGCGGGCUUGAUGCUAAAGAAGGAGGAGAUUCAUUUCUUUAAUGAUAUUGCUUAUUAUCAUGUUCCGUUUACGCAUUGUCCGACGGGCGAGCAGACAAGGUUGGAUUUGAAGUGUCAUUGUAACCCAAAGGAUAAUUUUGAUUGGAAUGGGUAUUCUUGCACGAAACGUUACUUCGAAGUCAACAAGAUGUCUCUGCCCGAGGGAUAUGAGAAGGAGCAGUGA